CUCAAAGCUUCAUUAUCACCAUCUUCAAAUAAAUUCACUUCACCUGUCCUAGAAAUACAAUAAUAAGACGGAUAUCUUCACUGUGUAGACCAUUAGUACGGUCGCAUCAAACUCACUAAAAUGUCAGCCCAAGAAUCAGCAGGUAAAUAAAUAACCAUUCCCAUUCCCAUUCCCAUUCCCAUCCCCAUUCCUAUCCCCCAUCCUCACGCUCAAUCCCAAGAACCAAAUAUCUUACCAUUUCCUAGCAGAUCAACAACCCCCAGCCUCAAGCACCGAUGCCGAACUGUCGUCGCACCAAGAAUCCCACCAAGAAGACCUCAUGAUGGAAGCUCCGGAUUCCCCACCGGAUCUCUACGCCCAUAACUAUAGUUUCUCUGAUACUCCUGUUACGACGCCCUCAAAGAGUGUUGCCCCUCAGGAUAAGAUUAAUCAUGGGUCGCCGGGUAGUUCGUGGACUUCGAAGAAAUUUAGAGAGGAGUAUGAUAGGGCUUGGGAUGCGCUGGUUGAUAGGAAUUGGGAUGGCAGUGAGUUAUUUUCCCCCGUCAUCUUGCUGGUCAGGGAGAGGAAGAGAAAAGAAGGCUAAUGUGAAUGGUAGAGAAAUAUGGUGAUCCGUUGGUCAAGGCUUAGGGAGCUACGAAGAAUUCACGACGAUGUAUUGGGAGAUUUUCGCAACUGGAUGGGGGGCUACGUUGGAGGAUGAGCUUGCCACAUGCUAGCAUUAGUGCGAAGCAGUUACGACAGAAGAUAUGAUGAAAUGCAUAAUGGCUCGGGAGUUGGGAGGAUUUGCUGGCGUUUAGGAAGAAUGGAUGAGAGGGUGGCAAGGAAUAGUCUCUGUCUACCUCGAGGUGAAAAUACAAUACAUGCCUGCUUUCAUAGUUUAUCUCUUAUCAUGGUAUUCCUGUUCUGUCUGUUCACUAUACUGGCUUUGGUA